AUGGGUAGUUUCGUGAGCAUCGAAGCCGCUGGACCUCUCCUCCCUGAAAUCUCCCGCUUGUUCCGAGAGCUCACUGUAACUAAUAUCGUAAGCUAACCUCGAUCCUUUGUCGUGAGAACUAUUCUUCCAGGAGGCACAGAAGCUCGGAGAAAUCACUUUUUCGGUUCCGUACGUCAGCGAAGAGCAUUUCAAUGCCAUACAGCCUUGUUGGGAAAUCGCAGAGGUCAGAAAAAAUUACCUGAAAAUGUAUAAGAAAAACGGAUAUUAUAAUCAAUUAUACUGUAGCCUAACACGUGAGAGCAAAAAAACUACAAAAAUACAUCAGCGAAGUAGGAAGUAAGCUAACGAUUUUCAAAUAUUAGCCAAGAUCACAUGAAUAAAAAAUUGAAAAAAAAAUGAAGACAUGGUACUGUACUGCUACCUAAAAAUUUUCAAGAUUUUUUUGGUUUGAACAACUAUUUUCAGAGCAUGAAGAACUUAACCCCGCAGAAGAUGAUGGCAGCUUGUGGAGUACUCGAAAAUGUGCUCGUUUACGAAGAGGCUCUUUUGGGCAUUCUAUCCGAACCUUUUCUGGUGGAAAGGGCACCGGAACCAUAUCGCCAAGAGAUUCAGACUUCUCGGGUAAGUCGAAUUUCUUGUCUAGAAUUUAUAGAGAUGCUAUUGCUUUGAAACCACGGAUUUCAACACCAGAAUAUGCAAAAUAUUGCGCUUAGAAGCUAUGAUCAUGCUUGAGGUCUACUGGACUAAAAUAAGAAAAUGAUUUUGGUUUAUUUUUCCGAUUUUAUUAGCUAUCAAUGCGUUUUGAUUCAAAGCGGUGAACUUUGAAUUCAGGUUCUUCUUUUUCCAAAAAAGAUUGCUUACGAAACUGGUGACAAUCCUUUUCAAUGUUUUGAAAGUCACUUCAACUAGUUCGAAAAAAUAGCAUGUGCAAUAUGAAUUGAAACGACUUUGAAAAAGAAUUUUCAGCCGCAAGUCGUCCUGGAAAGGUUCUUCUGUGCCCCAUGUCGUCGUGACUUUCCAACGGCUCGUGGACUAAUGGCACACUUCAAAUUAUCGGACACCCAUAAGAUGUUUCAAGAGAAGGCUCAAGCAAGAAAUAUGGUCAGUUUCCAAGAAUUUCCUGUUUCAUGAUGAAGGAUGAGUUUUAAUUUUAUUCGGAAAAGGUUUGCUUCAUUUUUUGCUUUAACCCUGAUUUGAAAAUUGUUCUCAUUGACCAAGAAUAAUUGUCGAAAAAGCACGAAGUUAUCAGAAUUUUGAUGCAAAAUUAAUUUCAGCAGAUCCUUCAGCGCAGUGCUACUAACACCCAGGCGUCCGCACCAAAAGACUACAAACCUGUCUGA